AAGAGAAGCAAAUAGCUUCUUUUUACUGUGUGAAUAGUAACUCAUUACUUUUUUUGAAAUAAAUGGUAAUUUACAAAAAGUAAAUAACUCUGAUAGUGAUUCUCUUUACCUUUUUACGAACAAUUCUUGUUAGUAUUUCAUAAAUUUUCAAACUCACAACAUUUACAAUACGAACUUACUAUUUCACUUAAAUGCUAUAUCAUACUGCAUUUCCUUAAAAAUGAGUAUUCAAAAAUCCUUUUAUGACAUGAUGUUCUAGUCACACAGAGUUACGGGACAAGAAUUCAUGAUGUCACCGCCAUUUCUUCAAAGGCCAUCUUGUUAUGACGUUACCUUCCACAGUUUACCUAAUUAAUAAAGGUGUUGGAAACAUUCUAGGGGACAGAGAAGAGGAUUAAGUCCAUGGAAAUCUCUAAAUGGUUUUUCCCUGGAUCCACAACUUGAGGCCAGUUUCCCAUGAGAUAUCUAUCUAGGGACUAACCUAGCAAAGUUUUGGGAACUCCUCCUAGUAAAGUUUAGGUCUGAGGGAAGCAACAUUCCCUCAAGAUGGCUUUAAGGCAAAGAGAGAAAUUAGUGCACAAUUACAGAGGUAACUCAUAGAAUCCACACGCAGGAGUUUGGGCUCAGCCUCCAGAGGGACUGAAACAAGGAGCAAGAGCCUGCCCUCUUCCCGUGCCCUCCCCACCUCCCUUUUCUGGUCCCACUUCCUCUGCUCUGCUUCUGCAGGGCGCAGCGCCCCAGCCAUGCCUGCAGGUUCCGUCCAUACUCCCAGCAAACAAUGUGCUUGGCCUGUCUUGGCUAAGCGUCCAUCCUGUUCCAGUUUCAGCCUGGGGGACGGGCAAGUUCUUUGUUUCAAACAAGGCUGCAGGGGCCAGUCCUUUAAGGAUGGAAGUCAGUUCUAAGUCAGAAAUAUGCUAGACAGACACUCCGAAAGCUGACUGGUACCAUCUCUAAUGAGAGUACAUAUAUAUAAUGAUCAGCUGCCACUGGGGAGACAUAUUGCCACGAUAUCCCUUCAGAUUUUCUCAUUAGAAUCAUGUGCAAAUUAUAGUAUUGGAAAAUCAGUUUCCUACUCUCUCUGUGUUUGGAGAGGCUUGGGAGGCCUAAUUUGCCUUCUUCUCUGCUUGAGAAUCUGACAAUUUCCACAUCAUCACAAUGAAGAAGCACAUUUAUGGUGUUUGGGGGGUUUUUUCCCAAAAAAUGUCAGGUAUAGAGUGUCUUUUCGACAAGCCAGGUACAAUUUCAUGUCUCAUUACUAACAAGCUUCCAUUUCUCACUAUCCAUCAAAUACAGGGUUUGCAACUUCAAUCACUUUGAGGAACCACCACUCCUGGCCAAUAACUAACAUGAAAUCCCAAGUUAGAAAAAUUCACUCCCUCCAAAAAUAAUGAAGGAAAAGAUCCAAACAAUUAUGAGGAAAGAUGAACAUGACAGUUUAUACCAUAGGGGUAUUUUCUUCUCUACUUUUGGAAAGACAAACUUUUACUUAGUAUCUCUUAUGUUCUACACACUGGGCCUUCCUGUGGCACAUAAGAGGAUUUCAUGCUUAUAGCAACCCUGCAAUUCUAUGUAUUAGAAACUCUCUGGGCCUCAGAAAUAUUAAAUCUUUGCCAAAAAACACAGAAGUAGAAUCUAAAGCUGAUUCUGCCUGACCCCAAGGCUUAUGUUCUCUUACUAGUACUAAUAACUAGUAUCUAUUGAGCAUUUGCUGUGUGCGAAGGCUCUGCCCCAUUGCCUCACAUAUAGUGACUUAGGUAGUAGACGUCGGAACUACUAUUAGCUCCAAUUUACAGGUGUGGAAGGGGAUGCACAAAGAGGUUAAGUACUUGCCCAAGUUUACACAUCCUGUAUAGAGUGGAGCAGAGGUUAGAACCCAGGCAGCCACACUUCCCAUCAAGUUGCCUCCCCUGGAGAAUGUGAUUCUGUACAUACCACGGGUCCUUUUGUAAUCACUCUCAAGUUAAUAGGCCUCAACUGUACCUACAAGAACAGUCGUGAUCCAAUCACCAGUGUCAACAUGAAACUAAGUCAAAAUUGCAUGGUUUGCCUUUUCACUGCAAUGUGUGGAGAACAGAAACGAUAAUCUUGAUAGCCAAGAUUCUCAAAUCCUUAUUUCUCCCUAAAACAAUUAUUUUUCCUUAUGGCCCCAAAAGAUUCAAGGCAUCAAGAUAUGCUAAGGAUGUUCUCAGUGAGGGAAAUCCCUUUUCACUUCUGUCUGUAGGGAUGUGUAGGGGUGUGUGUGUGUGUGUGUGUGUGUGUGUGUGUGUGUGUGUGUGUGUGUGUGUGUGUGUUUGGGGAGGGGAAGGACAUAGUACUAAAGAAUAAUGGUAAAUCUUUUCUAAGAAUAUUCUUUUUCUUAUCUCUCCUAAGCAUAUUUAAUGCUGAGAGACUUUUAAUGCACUGUGUUUUUCUAGUAUCCCCUUUUCCCCCUACUUGCUCCAUUAAGUGUUUUCCAAUUUCAACUCACUACAGUGCAACUGGCUUAGAUAAUGUACUGUCAUCCAUACCUCAUACAUCGUGUCCAGGGGACUCGCCUUACUGUAAGCGUCACUUCAAUUGCAGCAAGCUGGCUAUAGGCCAUGACCUGUUGGGGCCCCAGUGCCCAUUUAUUGUAAACUAUGGCUUGUGGGUGAUGCUAACGAAGUUCCUCAAAAAGCCUCAUUUGCAUGACUUUACAUUUUGCUGUGUUUCCUUAAAAAUUGCCAGUAAAAGACUGGCAAAGGUGUUUUUUAUUACAAAUUUGUUUCCCCAUUUCUUGAUCUCUCCUGUAUGGGGGAAACUAGUUCCAUUCAUCCCACAAAUCUCAACAAAUCCCUUCAUAACCACUAAAAAUCAAACCCCUCCCCUCAAAAAUCCUAAAACACAAAUGUGGUCAUUACCUCCAGAUUUGGAGCUUUAUAUGUAAAUUGUUUAUGACAUUCACAAAGCUGGGAAGGAACUGCAACAGCACUGUGAUUCUGGAAAGAUGAAGCCAACUUCAGAAUUCAAUUUUCAAAAGGAAAUGCCAUGUUUGUUUCAUGUCAGCCUCUGCUUCAGAUCAGAAUAACAACAACACAUGAAUAAAGCUAAAACCGUUGCUCUGGCUGGUUAUUUCCAAGCAAAGCAGAGGCAGAUGGAAAGCCACUCAGUUGGCUUUAGCUCCUCAUGUUGUCUACUUCCAGUCACUUUGGAAGCAGCUGAGCAAAGCUUAACCCCAGUUGGAUGAGAAUACACACACACACACACACACACACACUCCUAUAUAAAUAACACUAUUUUAGAAAUACAGACUGGGUUGGCACACGCACAGGUGAUCUGGCUGCUUUAGCAGUUUUGAAACAACAGUCUGGCUGUCCAGUUAGGGUAAAGUCUUGUCUCCUCUCACCUCUCAACCACCCUAUAAUGGGCAACACCGUAUAUAACCUUGGUUGUGUAUGUGACCCUCAAGCAAAUCCAACACAAUCUCUCAUUAAGGGAAGAUUUCUAGUAGGGAGUCUGUGGCAUUUAGUAGAGUUAGAAUCAACCUUUGGAGUAUAAACAUACGUAUGUAUGUAAGGAGAAAAUCACCCAUGCCAUUGCAUGUUUGCAUUUACAUUUAUGUAUAUACAUUAUCAUAUCCAGCUACCUAUAUACAUAUAAAACAAAAUAAAAAAUGUUAGUUACACAUACACAUACAUACACACACAUUUGCUACGCCGAACAUGGGGAGAGGGAUGUAGGUACAUGAAAUUAUCAGUGAUUCAUAGAGAUUCUGAUAAAGACUUGCGCAGGGAAAAAAGGAAAGUGUAACAUGAUUUUUAAAUGAGUUUCUCUCCCCUAUGUUCAGAUUUCUUACCAAAGACUAUUUUUCUCAUUGCAGUCUGGUGAAAACAGUUUGAGAGUUGCCUCUGCUGGUCUUCACCAGAUGCAAAAAGAACGCAAUCACCGACCCAGCACAUCUUUUGUUUUCACCUCUGCCGGCGGUCUGUGUGUCAGUUCCAAUAACUCCCCUGCCAACGGCUAUAUAUGCAUAUCAUACACACCAGAGCACCCUGGGGGCUGUGGGGAAAUCAGGGCUCAGUUAGCUGUGUGAUUACAGGGUCGCAUCUUAUCAUCCUUGUACACAAUCUAUCCCAUGACUGUUUGCAACAUGACUGGGCACUGGCUGUAUCCAAUCUAUUUCUACGCUGUAUUGUUAAUGGUCAAAACUGGCCUUGUUCCCCUAUUCCCUCCAUUUUCCAACGGAAAAAGGAAAGGAACUGAUAAGCCUGAGCUCAAUUUGUUCUGGCAAUUAUUGCAAAGUUCCUACUGUGAGGGAGGCCCUGCCCGUUGGUGCGGAAUGACACGCAGCCAUCCAAGGUCCAGACAAAAGGAGACCCUGCUUUUCACCAAGUGUAUUCAGCCAUGUAUAGACAUAUUGGCGGAGAUGCCUGCUUAUUCACGCCUUAACGGAAAAAAGAGAGAGACAAGAAGCUGGAAAGAAAAAAAAAAGAUGAAAGAUUAUCAAGUGAUGCCAGAUAGACAAAGGAUAAAAAUAAGAUGUGAACUUGGUGAAGAGGAAGAAAGGAAAGAAUUUUGACCAUGGAACAGUAAAUCACUGAUAUAAUAUGGGUAUAUAUGUUUUAGUACUAUUCACCUAAAUUAUGCUUUUAUUACAGAUAAGAGGUUUCUAUAACGAUACUGAAACGUGAAAUUGAGGAAAGUUAUGCUUGGAGGUUGGAUUAUAUGAGCCUUCUUCUAUCUUCUCCUCUUUCUCUCCCUCCCUCCCUCUCUCUCUCUUCCCUCCACUAAGCCACAGCUGCACAUUAAUUCAACCAAAUGAAACUGUUGGAAUGAAAUACCACCAAGAUGCAUUCUAAAGUGUAAUUUUUCUGAAACAAGUAUGUAACUUGAUUAAAAAACCAAAGUACCAAUCAAAAGGUGAAAGAAGUAUAUUACAUUAUGAUGGAAAAGAGGUCAUUUAAGAAAAGGCUGAAAUAGCACUUCUUUUUGAAAUGGCAUACGGAGACUUUUCUAACUCUAAAAAAUGGUGACUUUUUCUUAAUACUUGUCCUUAUUCUCUGCUCAUGAACAGAAGGAAAACGUUUGUAGAUAAGGUCACUUUAAAUUCUAGGCCAUAGCACAUGUUGCUCUCUGCAGCCAAAUGCCCUCAUCUGUCUCCCUUUCAACUCCAUCUAAUGAUAAUUGUUCCACCUACCUAACUCUCCAGUCUACUAGGAAAACAGUUGACAAGAGAUAAUGUCAGAGUUAGGUCCAUGACAUACCAGAAAUUAUAUCUCCCAGCAAAAGUCAUUUAUUUCAAAGGAUAACUAAUAUAAUGAACUGGAGGAAAUUAAGUUAAUUUUAAAAUCUGUUACCAGUUGCUUCUCUUUAGUCAUAAUGGAACUGGGGGGAAAUUACAGAUUCAAUGGCAACAUGCAUUUUUUUCCAUUAUGAAGAAUGGCUUAUUCAAUGGAUGAAUCAUUAGAGAAUGAUCCCUGUGGCCCUGUGGAACUCCACACGUAGAAGCAAAACGCAAAAGUUUAUGAUCUAAAACAUACUACAAAAUUGUUGGAAAAAGUGAACUACAAUCCCCAAUGAAAUUACCUCUUAUGUCAAUUAAGAGCCCGUUUGUCAGAGCAUUUAUAGCCUCAGGCAAACUCAACAAACCCAUUCCUGGCUGCCGGUAAUGACAGAUUUCUUAGGGAGUAUUAUUUAAUUAACAAUAAUUUGAAAGAGCAGCUCAGCUGAGAUACUGCAUUUACUUACUGGAAACACUAAGCAAUGGUAAGUGAAAAAGACGUGAGAUUUGUUAGCCUUCCCAUUAUCUUUUGUUUCUGAAAUGCAUCAGUAGCUGAUAGGUAUUUGCCACUAGGUAUUUUCAGCUGUCUGUGAGGACAACAUGUCCAAAGAACUUUAGCUCUUACUGUACAAGGCUGCACAUAGUUCUCUGCUGUUUGAUUCCAUUAAGAAAUCCCCCAGGGCCUCAAAUGUUCAGGGCCAGCAUUCUUUGUCCUUCCCCCUCCAGACAAGGGCAACUGCCAGCUCCCCUUCCUUGUAUACCAGGCUCCCUCCCACCCCCAUACAUCAUUUGCUGCUAAUCACCUAACUUAAGAGAUGCCUUUUGUUCCCGCUCCCUUUCCAAGUCGCUUUAGGCUGCAUCAGCAACUUGGGAGCUGGCUGGGUCUUACUUCCCCCCAAGAGACAUGAUCAAACCCCAGGGCAUAGCAGGGGAAGGAAAGCCUUCUUCCCCCAAAGUUACUGAGCUGAUGUCCUCGCAUCCGAUGGAUGGCCUCUUUUAUCACUGAUUCUAAUUUAAAGACUAAUCCGGAACUGGCAAGAGGAGGGCCACUUUAAGUUGUCCUGACAUACAGCAGGAGCUGGCAGCAGGAAGGGAACUCCACCACUCAGUGGCAAGCUCGGAAAAUGCAAAAAUAGCGCACUCUGAGAAAGGAGAAAAGAAGUCAACUUCAAGCAGAUUGACUUGAAGCGGGAUCUCAUUUGGGAAGCGUAAGUGUCCAAUAAAAACUGUGUGUUUUUUUUAAAUUUGGAAAAUACUCAAGUUCCAGUUGCUUAUAAUUCUCCUCCACUUUCUGAAAACCUGGCAAUCCCAUGUGGACUUCUGGUAGAAUGAGCAAUGCAAAGAACUGGCUUGGACUUGGCAUGUCCUUGUACUUCUGGGGACUGAUGGACCUUACAACCACCGUUCUCUCGGGUACCCCAACACCACAAGGUGAAUUAGAAGCACUCCUGUCAGACAAGCCACAGUCACAUCAGCGGUCCAAAAGGAGCUGGGUUUGGAACCAGUUUUUCGUUCUGGAAGAGUACACUGGGACUGACCCUUUGUAUGUCGGCAAGCUUCAUUCAGAUAUGGACAGGGGAGAUGGAUCCAUCAAAUACAUCCUCUCGGGAGAAGGUGCUGGCAUCGUGUUUACCAUCGACGACACCACAGGAGACAUCCAUGCCAUUCAGAGACUCGAUCGAGAGGAAAGAGCCCAGUAUACUUUAAGGGCUCAAGCCCUAGACAGGCGGACGGGCAGGCCCAUGGAGCCAGAGUCAGAGUUCAUCAUCAAAAUUCAAGACAUCAAUGACAACGAGCCCAAGUUCCUGGAUGGACCUUAUGUCGCCACUGUGCCAGAAAUGUCCCCAGUGGGUACCUCUGUCAUCCAAGUGACAGCCACGGAUGCAGAUGACCCGACCUAUGGCAACAGCGCCAGGGUGGUGUACAGCAUUCUUCAGGGCCAGCCAUAUUUUUCUGUGGACUCUAAAACAGGUGUAAUUAGGACAGCGCUCAUGAACAUGGACAGAGAAGCCAAAGAAUACUACGAAGUGAUUAUCCAAGCCAAGGACAUGGGAGGGCAGCUUGGAGGAUUAGCUGGGACCACAACAGUCAACAUCACCCUCUCAGAUGUCAAUGACAACCCACCCCGCUUUCCUCAGAAACAUUACCAGAUGAGUGUGUUGGAAUCAGCUCCAAUUAGCUCCACUGUCGGGAGAGUGUUUGCCAAGGACUUGGAUGAAGGCAUAAAUGCAGAGAUGAAAUACACUAUUGUGGAUGGAGAUGGUGCAGAUGCCUUUGACAUUAGCACAGAUCCCAAUUUCCAAGUUGGUAUCAUAACUGUGAAGAAGCCCCUGAGUUUUGAAAGCAAGAAAAGCUACACCUUAAAGGUGGAGGGAGCCAAUCCUCACCUAGAGAUGCGUUUUCUGAACUUGGGCCCAUUUCAGGACACAACAACAGUGCACAUCAGUGUGGAAGACGUGGACGAGCCCCCCGUGUUUGAACCUGGGUUUUACUUUGUGGAGGUGCCUGAGGAUGUGGCGAUUGGAACAACCAUACAGAUCAUUUCUGCCAAGGACCCAGAUGUGACCAACAACUCAAUCAGAUACUCCAUUGAUAGAAGCAGUGACUCUGGAAGAUUUUUCUAUGUUGACAUUACAACAGGUGCCCUAAUGACAGCAAGACCCCUAGACCGGGAAGAAUUUUCUUGGCAUAAUAUCACUGUCCUUGCUAUGGAAAUGAACAAUCCCUCCCAGGUUGGAAGUGUUCCUGUCACAAUCAAAGUCUUAGAUGUGAAUGACAAUGCUCCGGAGUUCCCCAGAUUCUAUGAAGCUUUUGUCUGUGAGAACGCCAAGGCAGGACAGCUGAUCCAGACAGUGAGUGCAGUGGACCAAGAUGACCCACGCAAUGGUCAGCAUUUCUACUACAGCUUGGCUCCUGAGGCUGCUAACAACCCCAACUUUACCAUAAGGGACAACCAAGAUAACACAGCACGGAUUCUAACCAGGAGGUCUGGUUUCCGGCAGCAGGAGCAGAGUGUCUUUUACCUGCCUAUCCUGAUAGCAGACAGCGGGCAGCCCGUGCUGAGCAGCACAGGCACACUGACCAUCCAAGUGUGCAGCUGUGAUGACGAUGGCCACGUCAUGUCCUGUAGCCCAGAGGCCUACAUGCUCCCAGUCAGUUUGAGCCGGGGUGCCCUCAUUGCCAUCCUGGCCUGCAUCUUCGUCCUCUUAGUGCUGGUGUUGCUCAUUUUGUCCAUGAGGCGGCACCGGAAACAACCAUACAUCAUCGACGACGAGGAAAACAUCCACGAGAACAUCGUCCGCUAUGACGACGAGGGCGGCGGCGAGGAGGACACCGAGGCCUUCGACAUCGCGGCCAUGUGGAACCCCCGGGAGGCGCAGGCGGGGACCGCCCCCAAGACGCGGCAGGACAUGCUGCCCGAGAUCGAGAGCCUCUCCCGCUACGUGCCUCAGACGUGCGCAGUGAACAGCACCGUCCACAGCUACGUGCUGGCCAAGCUCUACGAGGCCGACAUGGACCUGUGGGCGCCGCCCUUCGACUCCCUUCAGACGUACAUGUUCGAGGGCGACGGCUCUGUGGCGGGGUCGCUGAGCUCCCUGCAGUCGGCCACGUCGGACUCAGAACAGAACUUCGACUUCCUGACGGACUGGGGGCCCCGCUUCCGGAAGCUGGCCGAGCUCUACGGGGCGUCGGAGGGACCCGCGCCGCUGUGGUGACGGAAGCCAGGAGGCAGGCGCGCGUCCAAAUCCAGACGUUCUCCGCAGGUGCUUCGCGGACAAGGUGCAGCCAACCACACGAGCAAUACUGUGCUGGAGAGUGAGAAUGGGGGAGAGCGGGCGAACAGAGCUCUCUCUGGAUCAGCUUUACUUGGGUAGAUUAAGUUAAAUAAGCAAAAGGAAACCCAGGAAGUAGAGGGAAGAAUCUUCAAUUACCUUUUUUUCUUUUCUUUUUGAUUUUUCUGACACUGUGCGAAGGCCUGGAGUCCAACGUGUUAUGACAAGGGUGACUUUUCUCUGCCAUUCGCUAAGGUGUUUGUCGCUUUUCCACCACAGAAAGGCUCUGGCCUUGGAUACAGAGAUGCCAAUUGAAAGCAGAAAGUUCUACUCUCAUAUCUGUUUUUUAUCUUAUUCUCCAUUUAAGAGUUUUGCUGGCUCAUCAAACCACAGAUACCAACCCACAAGAAAAAACAGAAAACUUGUUACUCAGUGAAAUUAACCUACUUGUUCUGGAAUGGAUGGAAUUUAUCGUAACCCUUUUGAGACAAGGUUAAAACUGAAUCAGCCUUGCAUGGGGGUGGAUGGGUGGGAGGGUGGGUGAAGGAAGAGACAUUGACUUUAUGCUCAAGUUUAGUGGCUGAACCAAGAGAUGUUGGCAUUACAGCUCAUCCAACGCCAUCAAGUUAGAGUGCUCGCGUCUCCUCUCAGCUCUUUAACUGUGCCCCUGCAAAAUUGUUCAGAAUGAAACCAGAAAAACCUGCCUCUUUUGCACUGUAGAUGUCUCUUCCAUGUGCCAAAUGUGGAGAUUAGAUGCUACAAAUGAAAGCCAAAUAAAAAGAAGUAUCUGAUAAAAGCAUGGGUUAGAGGGCUUUCCUAAUCUGUGUGACGUCAAUCCAAGGGAUGUUUACAUACUGUAGAUAACCUACUUGAACAAAAAUCAGUAUUAUAGAGAAUAAAUGGAUGUAAGAAAAUUACAUGUACAAGUUUUGUAUAUUUGUUAAUAAUUUUGGUAAUAAAUAUGAUGUACUGCAUCUCAGUACCUUAGCACUUCUUUUAAUAAAAGUUAAAUAGAA